UAAAAAAUCUGAGCUGAAGCUAGCCUUUCUUCCUCACAUAUAUUCUUGAGUACCGGUGCAGUGCUUCUAGGGCUCUAAUAGCAGAACAGGCGGCAGCAUCAACUUUUGUUCGUACACAAAAGUAGAAGUAGAGAAGCCAUGGAUAUGCAGAGCGACUUCGAUAGGCUCUUGUUCUUCGAGCACGCUCGCAAAACUGCUGAAGCUAACUACGCGAAGAACCCUCUUGACGCCGAAAAUUUGACGAGAUGGGGUGGAGCUUUAGUAGAGCUGGCUCAGUUUCAGAGCGUUUCAGAUUCAAAGAAGAUGCUCCUAGAUGCCAUUUCGAAGCUGGAGGAGGCAAUAUUGGUUGAUCCCAAGAAACAUGAAGCAAUUUGGUGCUUGGGGAAUGCUCAUACCUCUUAUGCGUUUUUGACUCCUGAGCAGGAUGAAGCCAGGGAGUACUUUAAUAAGGCUGCUCAAUAUUUUCAGCAAGCAGUUGAUGAGGAACCAGGAAAUGAGCUCUACCAGAAGUCUUUAGAAGUGGCUGCUAAGGUACUUCCUAUCAUUAUAUGCAUCGUUCAUAGGCAUGGAUUAGGUCAACUACUGACGGGAACUGGACCUUCCACUUCUUCAGGUUCAAAGAGUUCAAAGAAGAAGAAAAGCAGUGAUUUCAAGUAUGAUGUCUUUGGCUGGAUAAUCCUGGCGGUUGGCAUUGUUGCAUGGGUAGGAUUUGCAAAAUCUCAGUUGCCCGCAGCCCCUCCUCCUCCUCCACGAUAAGAGAAGAUUGAUAAGAGAAGAAUUUGAAACGUAUUUCAGAAUUUUCGAGUUUUGAUUUGAGCUGGAGUUGUGGAAAUUGCGAAUAACUCAUGCCUAACCAUCUUUAUUCAAAGACAUGUUUGGAACAAAUGAAUUCUACGUAGUGUAGAAUUUACUUGCAAACUCCACAUUUUUUAUGCUUUUGUGGAAUUAUUUGUUCCAAACAUAAAUUAUUUUUGGUCAUCGAUGAGAUUUUUUUUUAUUGCGUAGUGAUUUAAUAAGUUAGAACUAUCUGUUUACAGGAAUCACUAUGGAUUUUUCACUAGUUAAUCCCAAUGCAACAUUCUCGGGCUACA